AUGGGUCUGCUUCAACUUCUGGUGCUCUGCACCCUGACUGCAUGCUAUGUGACUCUGUCUCCACCAGCACCAGUCCUCAGCCCAUCUCUGCUUUCCCGGGGCUGCAAUGACUCAGAUGUGCUGGCAUUUGCGAACUUUGCCCUACAAGACAUCAAUAGAGACCAGAAGGAAGGUUAUGUGCUGAGGCUCAACCGAGUGAAUGAUGUUUGGGCACAAAGUCAGGGUGACCUGGGAUCUCUGUUCUAUUUCACACUGGAUGUGUUAGAGACUGACUGCCAUGUGCUCAGCAAGAAGGCAUGGAAGGACUGUGGUGCGAGGAUGUUUUAUGAUUCAGUUUAUGGUCAAUGCAAAGCACUGUUUUUCAUUAACAAGCCAAAAAGAGUUCUUUAUGUGCCUGCUUAUAACUGCACUCUUCGCCCAGUUUCUCGAAGAAACAUUCAUCAUAUCUGCCCAGACUGUCCAAGACGCAGCCCCGUUGACUCAUCAGACCCAAACGUUUUGGAAGCUGCUACUGAGUCUCUUGCAAAAUACAACAGGGAAAGCCCCUCAAAGCAGUAUUCUCUCAUCAAAGUCACCAAGGCAUCGAGCUACUGGGCAGGUAGCAUUGGUUACUCUGUGGAAUACUUAAUCAAAGAGUCACCGUGUACGACAUCCUCGGACAGCAGCUGCUCACUCCAGUCCUCUGACUCUGUGCCCAUUGCUCUUUGCAAAGGUUCUCUGUCGAAAACACCCUUUAAAAAGUUUGUCACUGCAACUUGUGACUUCUUCAAAUCACAGGUUCAGGCUGCUGAAGGUCAAACCUCUCCUGUUACUCAGGGGCCUACAAGUCUCCCCAAGGUGAAAGGGCCUCAGGAGGAAAACACCUCCAGCCCCCCCAAACCAGCUGUGCCAAGGGGAUCUGUCCAGCACCUCCCUGACCUGGGUGAUGAGAAGCCGGAAGAGUCUGAGGACAAGGGCCCCCAGGAGGCCUUCCCUGUGCAGCUGGAUCUAACCACGGAUCCCCAGGGAACAACCCUGGAUGUCUCCUUCCUCUUCAUCGGGCCCGAGGAGGAGAAGCUGGUUGUGCUGCCUUUCCCUGGAAAGGAACAGCGCUCUGCCGAGUGCCCAGGGCCUGCUGGAGAUGCCAAUACUCUUGUCCUCCCACCCUGA